AGCGUAUCUCGAUAACGGUAAUUUAGAAAAUAUAGAAGAAAAGAAAAAAAAUAUAUAAAACGGUUCUGUGAGAAGAAAAAAGAAAUUUUAAUAAGAAAAAAAUUUGGGAAAUUAUUGAUUGUAAAGAAAAUUUAUUGUGAAAAAUUGUGCAAAACUUGUAAAGAUUCAUAAAAAAAAAAAUUAAAUUUACAAUCGACAACGGAAAGAAAAUUCUCGAUACGAAUACAAGUGUGAAAGGAAUGUGUUAAAAUAGUCUUGUUUACUAUUUAAUUCGAGAAAUUAAAAAAUUAUAUAAAAAAUAGUUCCAAUUAUUAUUUCUGUAAAGAAGUUCGAAAAAAAAUGUUCUGCAUCAUGAAGAAAUUAAAGUGUAGUGAUAAAUUGUUAGAUAAAAAUAAAAAUAAUAAUUUUAUUUGAUUUUUGUACUAAAAUUAAAUUUAAAAUUAAAAUUCUUACAUAAAAAAAAUAUAUAUAAGCAAUCAAUUAAAUUUUUUGUUUAGUGAAGUGAUUAAUUUGUAAAAAAAAAAAGAAAAAUAUGUAAAAAAGAAAACAUUAAUUCUAUUGCUUAUACUCUCUCUAUUUAAAUAUAUAAGUUCCUCUUGAAUAUAAACCAUAAAAUAAAAACAAACUUCUACUAUUACUACUUCUACAAAUAAAACAUAACACAUACACGCGUACACACUCUUGAAGCCGUCUUAAUCUUACAUUGGAUUUGAAUAAAUUUAUUACAUUUUGCCACGGAAUCGAUAUUCCGUAUAAAGUUUUAUAAAACUGAUUAAUAAGAUGUCAUCGCAUAACAAACCUUUGUGGUUGCUGAACGAAAGUCCUCAUCGUCCACAUCGUCAGCUGGCAUGGGUUAGCUUUAAUUAAACUGAUUGCAGUUACCCCCACAAAUAUACCGAACCUCCCCCUAUACUCUAACUACUAGUAUAUACUAUAUACAACAAUAACAAACCGGCCUCCAGAACGGAAUUCUCGUGCACUCAAUAUCGAUUCGGAGACGCCACAAUCGCGCCACCACCCGCAUUCAACCAUACGUGAUUCCAAGAAGACAUGACGAAGUGUUGGCUGAACAAUAGUUGCUGCAGGGGCAAUCAUCCACGUCGAAUAAAGCAAGUUAUCGUAGCUAAAGCAGAAAGCGUCAAUAGUCAGCGUUUUUACACUUUUUUUCAAAUAAUCACCGAUAUAAAAGAAUCUUCAGUAAGGAGCUGAAUAAUAGGGAUGAUUGAUUCGAUGUAGCGUAGCGGCCCUAUGGUCGGCGAACGCGAUAGAGACCGUGAAGCGGUGCGCUGGGAACUGGGCGAGUCUACACCGCCCCAAUUUAAUAAUGGAGGAUCACAAAUGGUCGGCACAUUGUGUGGUGGACAGGCUGCUGGCCAACAGCAACAACAAUUACAGCAUCAGCAACAGCAGCAACAACAACAGCAACAGAAGCACCAUCAACAACAACAACAACAACAACAACAGCAACAACAUCAAUACUACCAGCAGCAGCAACAAACGACGAAUUGGGUGGAAAACGAAACGAUCGGAAGCGGUGGAAGCGAUAAUCAGCCAUACUACGAUACGAGCGGCAAUGUGGACUGGGCCCGGGCCAUGGGCACUGGCGGCGCUGGUUCAUACGGAUGUGGGACCAGUGUCGGCGGCAUUACAGCUGGUGGCAGCAGUAGCAAUUUGGGUCGCUACGAUCCGGCUAUUGGCUACAUCGAGGCUGGCAGCACCAGUCUCGGUGGCGAUACGAACAAUCUGUCAUACGGUACAUCGGUGGCGAACACUAACACCAAUACCGGUGGCGGUGGAGCGGGCACCACCAGCGGCAGCGGCGGUGGCGGCGGAUCCACUGGCAAAGAGGUACGCUACGCUCCAUUCCCCAUUACAUCGCCGACCAAUUCGAACCCCACAACUUCCCAGCCACCGGCACUCCUGCAACGGACACAUUCCAGAUCCAUGUCCUCCAUACCACCACCAGAGCCAUUUAUGAUAGCACAGUCCAAACAGAUGAACACGCGCGUUUCGAUCAACGUGGGCGGCGUCAAGCACGAAGUUCUCUGGCGGACGCUCGAGCGUCUGCCGCACACAAGACUUGGCCGCCUGCGCGAAUGCACCACACACGAAUCCAUAACGGAAUUAUGCGAUGAUUAUUCCUUAGUUGACAACGAAUAUUUCUUCGAUAGACAUCCGAAAAGUUUUAGUUCGAUUUUAAAUUUCUACCGCACCGGCAAGCUGCAUAUAGUUGAUGAGAUGUGCGUGCUAGCCUUCAGCGAUGAUCUCGAGUAUUGGGGCGUCGAUGAGCUCUAUCUGGAAUCUUGCUGCCAGCAUAAAUACCACCAGCGCAAGGAGAAUGUACAUGAGGAAAUGCGCAAGGAGGCUGAGAGUUUGAGGCAGCGUGAUGAGGAAGAGUUCGGCGAAGGUAAAUGCGCUGAAUAUCAGAAGUAUCUGUGGGAAUUGCUGGAAAAGCCAAACACUAGUUUUGCGGCCAGGGUAAUCGCGGUGAUAUCAAUCCUGUUUAUAGUCCUGUCUACCAUAGCCCUGACGUUGAACACCUUACCACAACUACAAACUGAUCAUAAUGGUACACCUCAGGAUAAUCCGCAAUUGGCUAUGGUUGAGGCCGUCUGUAUAUCGUGGUUUACAUUAGAGUACGUACUUAGAUUUAGUGCAUCGCCGGAUAAGUGGAAGUUUUUCAAAGGCGGCCUUAACAUAAUAGACCUAUUGGCAAUACUCCCAUAUUUUGUGUCCCUAUUUCUAUUGGAAACAAAUAAAAAUGCAACGGACCAGUUCCAGGAUGUGCGCCGGGUGGUGCAAGUAUUUCGCAUCAUGCGCAUCCUGCGAAUCCUUAAGCUGGCCCGUCAUUCUACGGGCCUGCAGUCAUUAGGCUUUACGCUACGUAACUCAUAUAAGGAACUCGGUCUACUAAUGCUGUUCUUGGCAAUGGGCGUUCUCAUAUUUUCUUCGCUAGCAUAUUUUGCUGAAAAGGAUGAGCCACAAACAAAAUUCGUUUCGAUUCCGGAAACAUUUUGGUGGGCGGGUAUUACAAUGACAACUGUUGGCUACGGGGACAUCUAUCCCACUACUGCACUGGGAAAGGUUAUUGGUACUGUGUGUUGCAUAUGCGGUGUUCUGGUAAUCGCUUUGCCUAUUCCCAUCAUCGUUAACAAUUUUGCCGAAUUUUAUAAAAAUCAGAUGCGCAGAGAGAAGGCCCUCAAGCGGCGUGAGGCUCUUGAUCGGGCGAAACGUGAAGGCAGCAUUGUAUCGUUUCAUCAUAUCAAUUUGAAAGAUGCCUUUGCCAAGAGUAUGGAUCUCAUCGAUGUAAUAGUUGACACAGAAAAACGAGAAAGUCGUAGCAAAUCCAUUUCGAAUUGGCAACGGCUGACUCAAGCGAUACGGCGCUCACCCACAGGGCACAAUAUUUCGCAAACAGAUGGGAACAGCACGGAAGGAGAAUCCUCGAUGGGCAGGAAUCCAGCGACCACAGGACCCGGAUGUUACAAGAGCUUCGAUCAUGUUGCAUCACUUAGGCAUUCAAAUAUGUCACAACAUCAUCGUACAUCAGUACCUGAUACAGAUGCUGUGCCACCAUAUUCAGUAGAGAAUCAAAGUCAGAAAACAUCAAUGAACGCUAUGGAAACCUAUCAGCUUCAACAACAGCAACAACAACAACAACAAAAACAAAAACAACUACAGGCACUACAACUUCUGCAGCAGAAGGAAAAAGAUCAAGAUCAGCAAGCGCUUCAAUUAGUUGAGCCUGGAGGCGACAACAUAUCCCAAGCUGAAGCAGCUCAAAUGAUGGUCACUCCAGGGAAAUUACGGGGAAGGAGUAAGGAGGAGGUUGCCGAACUUCGACGUCAAGUCGCUCUAGAAAAUUUACAAAACCAAAGGAUGGACAAUCUCGAACAGGACGUCCCAACGGAAUUCGAAUGUUGCUUUUGCACUACAAAGGAUUUCAAAGAAUUUACAGAUGCCGAAGGGGUCAUUUCACUUCCAACAUCGGACUUCCAUAAACCCAUUUGUUUAGAAAUGCGUUCAUUGCAAUCCAAUCAAACAAAUCAAUUGAAACUACUGGCACCACCACCUCCGAUUCCACCGCACCCAUCGGCGGCAUCUCUAAUGGCCAAUGGUGACAGCAGUAUACUACUGCCAUCCGAUAUGACCUCCGUAUCAGCAAUCACAACGGUAGCCUCAUCAUCUUCUGCAUCGUAUGGCACAACGACAACAACCGUUGCACUACCAUUGGAAACUCCACUUCGUUACGCGCCUUUCAUUAGCAAUAAUAUUAAUAUUAGUACUAAUAACUUUAACAAUAAUUACAAUAAUAAUUUUAAUAGUAUAUCAACGGGAGUAGCAAACACCGCCAACAAUAAUGUUAACAAUAACUACAAUAACAAUGCCGAUUUGGCUAGCGUUGAUAGCUCCGACACGUAUGCCAGUUGCCAAACGCAUCCCUUUUUGUCGCAAGCCGAUCUGACAUCCGAUCUGGCCGAUGAAGCGUGUGCCCUCGACAUCGACAUGGACAAUUUGUAUAUAAAUCCGUUGGAAAAAGACACACAACAACAACAACAACAACAAAGUGUUCCAACAUCGACGUCCGGUAUGAUUCGAUCGCAAGUCAAAAAGAGUGCUUCGGGCGACACUGCGUUACGGAGCUUGGGUGGGGGAGUCAGUCCGAUGGAUGACGUUUUUCAAAAUUUCGAUGUUCAGGACCGUGGUAGUAGGGUAAGUCUGAAUGAGACACCAGUGCCAAAGCAUCGUAAGACACGAUUCCAACAAAGUUCAAAGCCGCGCGCCAGAUUUGAAGAUACCAAAAAGUUGUCACAAGAGAGUCUAGCGGCUCAGGAUGGUAGUGUUAAAAAGAAACGAUCGUCCUUUAUGCCAGCUAAGAGUCUGGCAACGGCUACUAAAUUAAUUAAUCAGCAUCUGUUUGGUAUUCAAAAUGUUGGAUCUAGAGCGAAAUUCGAAAGUAGACAUUCGUCAUCAAUUGAUUCGAUUGAUGCAUCGCCGAAUUUGGAACAUCAUCGGCGAUCCAAGUCGAUUUUGAAGAAUAAAUCGGACGUGUCACGAGUUCUUGCCGACCCUGAAAGUGAGCGUUUACUUGCUGAUAAUAUGUCAGGCUCGGGCGUUUCUGAUAAUGGGACCGUUAUGUGUGAAUCUGGAAGCGAUUACUCACCGAACAAAUUACCUCACUCAGUUUUAGCAAAAUCAAUAUCCCCACCUCCUCUUAGGCAUCGAACAUUAAUACAACAACGCUCAGGACCAGCAACACUGCAAUCCAAGCCAACUAAAUUCCAAACGCCACGUUAUCCGGAAGAGCAACAACUGAGGCAUGUUAAGCCCGUAUUAUCACGGUCAUCGGGCACGUCCCAAUUAGCUGAUUCAAGAUAUGAUUCAGCGAAUAGAGACAGUAGUUUAGAUUCAGAAACGACGUUCACAUCGAACGUUAAUAUUCGCGAUGAAAGUGGCGAAGGUGGUGGUUCAAGCGACGAAAAUCGUUCACUAAUACAGCGAGGUAACUCUUAUGAGAAAUCUGAAUCUGGCGGAGGAACUUCGUAGCAUUAAAUCAUUAUUAAAAUUAAAUUUCAUUCAAUUCGUAUCUAAAAGCAAUUUAUUAUGUCUAUAAUAUAAAACAAAAAAAAAAUAAAAACAAAAAAAAAACAUCCAAGCUAUCUUAAAGCUACAAAUUAAUACAAAAAAAAAAAAACAAUACUUAACUUUAGUCACAUCAGUCUACAAUAAAAAAAAAAAUAUAAUUAUUUUUUAAUGUAGUUAGGCCACGUUACGUAUAUCAAUAAAAAUGAAAAAAUAAUAUAAAAUGUACAGAACUAUCAUUCAUAAAAUCAUAAAACACAUUAAAAUAAACAAUAAAAGCCAUCAUUUAAAAAUUACAACCGUUCAAAAAGUAGACUUUUGUGACUAAAAUUAUGUUAAAUAUUUAAACACUUUCUAUAUAAUAAAUUCAUCAUUUUUGUCAAAAAUUCAUUCACAAAAACACACUCACACACAUUCACUCACUCACAUAAUACCUCUUUAUAAAUUAAAACUAUAAAAAAAAUGCAUACAAUUUUUAUUAAGUCAAAUAAAACAAACAAAAAAAUACAAUUUUUAUAUUAUAUAAACCAAAAUAUAUAUAUAAAUGUACAAUAUAUACACACCUACAUAUAUAUAUAAGAAUAUGUAUAUGAAUACAUCAAAAAAUAAUUCAAGCUUGAUUAUAAAAAAAAAAAGACAAAAAAAAACUAUAUAGAUUAUAUAUAUAUAUAAAUCUAGUUAACUGAAAAUACAAAAUUAAUACAAUAUUUCGAAAUAAACGAUAAUCAGUGUCAAUCAAUUUUUAUCAUCGAGAUGCAAAGUAAAAUAAAAAAAAAAAGUUAUUAAAUAAAAACACAAAAAAAAAGGUCAUUAUAGAAAAUUAUAAAUCAAAUUUAAUGCAAAAUCUUAAGCAAAUAAAAUAAAAACAGCAAUCACACAUAAAGACAGAAAUAAAAUAAAAACAAACAAAAAAAAGCCAACUUUUGAAAAAUAACUUCUCUUUAAUUUGUUGUAUGUAUUUUUAACACUAGGUAUAUUUUGUUAGUAUUUUUAAAAAGUUAUAUUUAUUUUUAAAUUAAAACCGCUCUUGAAAUAUUUUCACAUACAUCAAAGUCUGUUGAAUUUGUGGCUGAAUUAAUUAUCCUUAAAUUAAUAUACAGACACAGCUUCAAAAUAUCCAUAAACUCAGUUUCAAACAAAACAAAGUCAAAUUUUAGAAUAACUUAUGGACAAGGAUAAUUAAAGAAUAACCCACUUCUUUUCUAUUUUUUUUUUAUGUAUACGAAAUAAUGGCCCAUGUGCAUAAAGUUGAGAUCAAACUCUCUUUUAAGAAAAUUUUUUAAUAUCGAACUCAAUUAAAUUUUUUUACGUGAUAACGUCUUAUACACCAGUGAACACUGGGAGCAUUCACGAUAAACGUGAUUCAUCCUCAUGUUCCGCCUGUAGAUUGCAAUUUCAUCUUAAAGACAAGUUAAAUGAAGCUGAGUCCAACUUAAGACAGCUAUAAGUAAUAAGAGUCAGCAGAUCAAGGUGUAAAACUAUUAUACGAUUUUUCUUUUGCACCAUAGGUCUGGGGUUCGAGUCCCAAGACAGUCUUAUAAUUUUCGUUUCUUACAAAUAGUUUUUCAAUUUUCUUACGACGUUAUCCCGUUAUUAUCGUCCAUAAACCGAAUUUACAGAAUCAAUUUUUCGCAAUAAAAUGGUAUAAAUUCUAAUAUCUAGCAGAACCAGCCUUUGAAGUUGUGCUUAAAAGUUAAAUCUGAGUUACAUAUGUUUCGUUCAAGUAAAAAAGUUUGAAAUUCUUUUCAAGGUUUCGUAAAUUCGAAACCCAAACAAAGUAAACACGUGUCACAUUCAGUUGAUUACCAUUCAGCUUGAUAUCGUGGACCCAGUAAGAGUUGAACUUUUUGUAGUUGGCAGAUUCAAUCAUUUGAUGAAAUUAGACCAGUCCAAAUUUUGGCAAGUAACUAAAUCAACGGCUCACACAAACCACUAAAAAAUCAUACUGAAAUGCUGAGAGAACUUAUCUAUAGUUUCAGCUAACAGUCUGAUUGUUUGAUCUUUCCAUUUUUCUUGCAAAAGUCAGAAUUUCAAUAUUCAAACUCAAUAAUGUAAACUUGCAAGAGUUCAUUUUUAAAAUCUAAGAAAAACUUCGUUCAGCCACUUUUCUUUCUAAAAACUUUGUAAAUGUUUAUUCAAAUUGAUUUUUGUUUUUUCUUUUCCAAAGAAAAUUUAUUAUUAAUUUUAUUCUCAAAACAAAUUUAAACUACAUUAUGGAAUUAAGAGCACUAAUGUAUAUGAAAUGUUUGAAAGAGUACGUCUAUGUUUCUCAAAAUAAGGAUGGCAAAACGCGCAUUUGUAGUAUAUAGUCAAAACAAAAACUGAAAUCCUUAAUCAAAACUACAUUUAUAAAAAUAACAUCAUCAACACAAAAAGAAAAUCAUGGAAAACUUAAAACCGUACCAAAAGAAAACCAAAAAAAAACUCUAUUAAAUAUACUUUCAAGCGUAUAAUAUACACAUUUUAUGCAAAUUUAUAAAUCCUAAAAAAAAAAAACAAUUAAAAUUAAAGAAAAAAAAUAUGUAUAAAAAAUAUAAAAUUUAUUAAAAAACAAAAUGAAAUGAAUUAGGAGUGAAUUAGUUAUUAAAUUGAUGGCUUUUAUC